AUGGUUCAACAUCAACUCAUCUCGGAAGCUUGCUGCGUCCCGGUUUUUAUUCCCCAGUUUCCUUACAUUGCUUGUAGACCAGCUUGGACAGACAGCAGCAAUCACUUGUCAGUAGCCUUAAGAAAUGCUCAUAUGCUUUCAGAGAAUGGGGAACUAUAUACGUGGGGAAAGAAUCGCGACUACCAGCUCGGAAUUCCUGGACUUAAGGAUGAGCAACUAGAUCCAGUCCCGCUACAAUUUCCACAGGCUCUUCAUGACAAAACUCCGGUAGAAGUGUUGGCGACGCUUUCCCAUGACGUGGCAAUACAUGAGGAGAAAUGUGGGCGCCUGCCCAGGACUCUUCUUCUUCCCGGCGCGGCUGGAUCGAUCUCGAGGAGGUCUUGCGCGCUUCAGAACCAGGCGCCGCGGAAGCUGAGCAAUGGCUACGCAGGUUUUAUGUCGUGGGUCGCGAGCCGGAACGAUGAUGGCGAUCUAUCGGCGGUGCGCAUUGGGACUUGGCGACAAUCUGGCAGGGGAUUGUUUGCGAGCCGUCCAGUUCGUGCGGGAGAACGCGUGCUGGAAAUUUCUCUAGACUUGAUGAUAGCUCCUACUCGUCUUCCUGACCAGCUCAGCACGGUUUUGCCCAGCACUGUUAAGCCGUGGACUAUUGUCCUCAUGGAACGCUACAAAGGACAGCUCCAGUCGUCAGCUUGGGCACCAUACAUCUCGUGUCUUCCUGAACCAGCGGAGCUCGACAACACGUUUCUUUGGGAGGACACCGAGCUAAGUUACUUGAGGGCGAGCCCUUUAUACGGCAAGACUCGUGAGCGGCUGGAAAUUAUAACAACUGAGUUUGGCCAAGUGCAAAACGCACUUGAUGUUUGGCCUCAACUAUUCGGUAAAGUGUCUGUUGAAGACUUCAUGCAUGUAUACGCCACAGUUUUUUCUCGUCCACUAGCCAUUGGAGAGGACUCGACAUUAGUAAUGAUACCAAUGCUCGAUUUUUUCAACCACAACGCAGCCAGCUUUGCGAAGCUCUCAUUUAACGGGCUUCUCAACUACGCAGUUCGGACAGAGACUGUGCUGAAAACGAUCAGAUUUGGAUAAACUGUGGUGAUCUUUCAAACGCAGAGCUUGCACUUGAUUAUGGCUUCACUGUGCCUGAAAAUCGGUAUGACGAGACUGAUCUGUUGACGCAAUUCCCGGAAAUG